AUGGUGGCUAUCACUUUGCAUGUCAUCGAGAAUUACCCCGAUCAGUCGACGCUGGUAUCUGCCAUCAUCAACGGCUGGCGGACAGCCGGUGGUUUCUCCGUUGGGUACUUCCAGCCGCCUUGGAUCGCGAAGGACGGCACUGCGGUCGUCUUUGGGGUUCAGGCGGCUGUUCUUGUGGGAAUGUUGAUCCUCACUGUUUCCCCUAUGAUUUUUCUGGGGCGUCGUAAGGCCAAGCUGCAGCCUGGUUGGAAUGAAUGA